AUGAUCUGUGGUAUGGAAGGAUUGGGACAGAGGCUGAAGCCAAAGAAAAGAAGCAAUGGUGAAGAAAUCAAUUUCCGGACUAAAGCCAAAGAUGUUUGCACAAUGAGCAUGACUGGGGAUGAAGAAAUGAAACUUAGAAUUGAAUGCAAAAGCCAAGGCAUGUCCUACUGGUGUGAGUUCAAUGGCAAGCCGUCAGUCUGUCGUGCUUUCAGAAACAAUCCGAAGAUUUACUGGAAUCAGAUUGCUGCGGAACUUAGAAAGCUCCCACAUGCUUGUGAGUCCACACAAGUUUUGAAGACUACAAUGUGCCAGAAGGCUCCCACAGAGGCUCUCAUGAAACAAAUAGCUGCUGGGAUGGAGCCAGAAGAUCUAGCAAACCAGGACAAAGCAGUCCAGAAAACUUCCACUUCUAUGGGGGGAGCAGAGAGAAGCUCUGUUAAGAAAAUAGGGAAACCUGCAAUACUACCUCUUAUAAAACCAACCCAGCAUGGUCAAGGGCCUGAAACAGAAGCAAUGAAACUGGCACGGGAACAUUGCUGGGAAUCUCUGCAUGGUUUCUGCUCCUACAUUAUUGGCAUCUUUAGAGGUUAA